UAACGAGAUCCAUACUGAUAAACCACUACGAUGAGUUCGUUAGAGCUGCAAAGGCAAUUUCAAGUAAAAUGUGAAAACAUGGCAGAUAUCGAAACCUACGGCAAGUUUUCUCACAGACGAGCAGACAAAGGCAGCAAAGUGCAACGAAUUUUGGGUCUUUUCGAAAUUUCGCGACCCAAUAAGGGCCUCCAACGCACCAACUCGCUGCCCAAUGGGCAGCGGCCCAGCUUAUCUUCAAGCGACCCACACAUUGAAGGUUUGUCCUCAAGAAGUUCGCUGCGACGCAAUGGACGCAAAGCGCAGAAGAACAAAGAGGAAGCUGGAGCAAAUCAACCAGCAAAGUGCAAACGAUCGCAGCACCAUCCGCAGAUCCUCGAGGAACCUGAUGAGUGCAAAAAGCCAGACGACGAGCAGUUCACACUCUCCCAACUGCUAAGGCUGCAUUCACUGGUCGAAAUCACACCAGACGAUGUCUUCCAUGAUAGUGGCAAUUUUUGUGAUAGUGAUAGUGACCGGUUGAGCAUGGACACAGUAUUUCACGGCAUCGGAACGGGAAAAGAGCUGCAAAACGGUGAUGGUGGCAGUGAAAGCGCCUAUUGGGACUUCAUGCGCUCCCGGUCACACGAAGAACGCCUCCAAAGCCCCGGAGAUUCUGAUGAAAAAAAUGACUCACCCACCGACGAAGAGCCCGAAGUGACAACGCCGCCACCUGAAGAAACCGACACUCCAGAGCUGGAAAUCGAGUGGUGGAAGUACAAGUCCUUCGUGCAAAUCAACAAUGAAAAUUGGGAAAACCCGGAAACGUCCACCCAUCCGCCUGGAUCUCCCCUGCAGGGCAGAUUCCGGAAAAACAACCAAUCAGGACGCAGUCGAAGAAGGGCCGGAAUCCUCAAGAAGCCCAUCGGGGUCAAGGAGUUGGCGCAACAUUUCGAGAGCUUCAAAGAUGCAGCCGCAAAUGGCGAAACCGAGAACUAUCGGAGGAGCGUCAUUUGCGAAAUCGACGCUGAGCUGGAGAAGAUGAAGCUGGAUGGAUAUGGGGAGGAUUUCCAUUGGAUGCUGGAGGAUGGCGAAGCAAAAACACCGGGCCCAUUAGUGCAGCUGGAGCCUGAGCUGGAGGACCUCUUCGGGGAAAUCUACUUUGCCGACGACAUGGAGAAGGGCUUCUACUACAUGGAGGCAUGGAACGCAGAUGGCAAGGAACUAAUCCAAUGCAGCGUGCAAAUCGAGCGCAAAAGCAUCGACCUGCUCAGCUUCGACCAAAUGAAGACCAAUCAGGACCCCAACAUUUUAUCCAACGACGAUAAAAUGGUGCUGGUUCUGGGCUCUCAGGCAAGUGAUGACUCCAAGAGGAACACCAUGUAUUCCACCACUUCAGGCGAGAGUUACGACGAUGAAGAUGCCAUCAGCUGGACAAGCGUGUACGUUCCCAGCGCCGCAAGGCGAGAAACAUUUUGCGAUCAGCAGGGAAUAGUUCGGAUCGAAAGGGUGGACAACCAAGUGGAUUCCCCUGGCUACAUUGGCAGCCAGGCGACCAACCCGGAGGAGGAGGAGGAGAAUGAGGAGGAGGAAGCUGCGGAGCAAUCCAACUACUACGAGAGCAUAAGAUUGGAACACCAAAUCCUCUUCUCGGUUCCAGUGGAAGUCAAAAAGAACACGCUUCAGUACAUUGUUGACGAGAUUAUAUCCACCGAAAGAAAAUAUGUUGCUGAUAUGGAAAAGGUCCUCGUGGAAUAUAAAAACUUCCUCGAGGAGCGCUGCCCGGAAAAGGUGGACGCAGUGUUCGGCAACAUGGAGCAAAUCUACUCCAACCAAACGAAUUUCCUCCACGCCCUGGAAUCCCCGCAGGUGGACAUCAAGGCGGUGGCCCACACUUUUCUGGAAUUCGAAGACCUCUUCAGGCUCUACCCCCGGUAUUUCAGGAACACGCCCAAAGCGAACGCUGCCGUCAAAGAACUAAGCUUCCUCAUCAAGGAGAAGCAGGAACGCAUCAACGACAAACUGGACCUUUCAGCCUACCUGCUGACUCCCAUUCAGCGGCUGGGCAAGUACAAACUGUUCCUCGAGAACAUCAUCAAGCAAUUGCAGAAAGACGACCGACCAAUCGGGCUCGUUCAGUUGUCUCUGGACAUGGUUAAGAAGUACAUGAGCAAAGGAAAUGAUGCUGUGGCGCUGGCCUCGAUCCUCUUCAGUCCGUUGCAUACCAAAGACUACGGGUCGUUCAUUGCCCGGGAAAAAUUCACUGUGCUCAAGCCCAAAAAGGCCGAAAUGAUGGUGUUUUUGUUUGAAGGCGUUGUGGUUUUUACCGUCGAAGAUCCCAAAAACCUGGAGCAGUUUGUGUAUCAGAAAAGCAUCAGAACACACGAUCUGAGAAUCGCCACCUUUGACAACGACAACACCAUUCAACUGACCGAUUUCACCAAGACGAAACGUCGCAAUUCGAGCAAGCACACCUACAUUCUGGAUACGAAAUCGCCCAAGGUGAAGGAGGCCUGGAAGCUGCAAAUCGAGGACAUCCUAUGGAAGCAGAUGAAGAAGAUUAAAGAAAACACUCUAAAAGCCUAUCAGAAGUCGGACGAAACUCCGGUGCCAGUCAGGAAAAAUCCCCGGAAAAGAGAGCAACGCGCCAAAUCGACAGGUAAUCAACGGCCAGCAUUUCUAGGCGGUUUUCCAAUUCUUUUAUACAAAUGAUCGUUUUAGGGUCUUCUGUCUUCUAUGUCGAUUACACAACACAUCACUGAUUCAUUUGCACACUAGACACCAUCAACAUGGAACAGUUUUACAUUGCUGUGGUUCUUGUAUCAUUUAGUAUUUAUUCUAUUCGACCUAUUUUGUCAAUUUGGACUGGACUAAUAAAUUUAUUUUAUCUAAAUGUACAAUCUGUUAAAGUGAAAGUCUUCAGUUGCCCUGGUCUUUUAAUUUACGACACUCUCUUCACAUCUCGGAGAUGAGCAGAGUUGAAACGCAAAAAAUGUUUAAAACGAAGAAUUCCUAUGAACUACUUGCUUCCUAAUGCAAGGUUGGAAGGCCGUAGCGCUUUGCAGUUUCGCAGCAGUUGAGGAACUCCAAAAAAACCACUAGAAAAUCGCAUUAAAACAUUAUCUUCACAGGCGUUUUUUCAUGUAAGUUAACUGUUUUUGGCGUGCCUUCACAGUCGCCAGGCCGUAGCUUCUCUUAUCCGCAGAUACGCCUUAUCUAAGAAUACUUAUCUGAUAACUAAGACAAUGAUAAGGCAGAUAAGCAGUUGCAAAUGAGUUCAAAGUUACACGCAAUAAGGUGUGCGUCAAACGUGGUUAGUGAUAUCAAAGACAAACCGGGCAUAUGGAAAAUGAUGGUUCCUCCUUUGAUGAAAUCGAUCUGCGCUCUGGCAGUGCCGAAACCGAUAAACCUCCACCCCCCAGGAGGCCGCAGUCCACCUCCACACUGUCGCGUUUCUUCAGGAAGACCUUCUCGAAGAAGAAGAGGCGACUGACUGCGCCCGUAGGGGACACUGAGCUGGUGAAGGAGAGCAUCUCCUCCCCAGCCGAGUGCAAGCAAGUCGGAUUCAAUGAGGAGGACUUUGACUUUUCCAGAAGCUCCAUCCAGUGCUGCCCGUUCGACAUUAGUGGCUACGGCUCCUUCCUGCUGAUGGACGAAUUCAAGGUCCGCAAGCCGAAGAAGAUGAAGAUCAUGGUGUUCCUGUUCCAGAAGAUCGUGAUUUUUACCAAGAAGCAACUGAAUGAAGAAGCGUUCUACUACAUAGGCAGCGUGAAGAUGGACCAGAUCAGCGUGUUGCCCCAGGGGAAAAACAUGAAGAUUCUUCAACUGAAAGACCAUCUGGCCAGCGCCAGGUUCCACAAGGAGACGGUGUUUAGCUUGGAAGCAGCCUCCGAGUAUAUUCAGCUGCAAUGGCGACGGACGGUGGAAAAGUGCUUGUGGGGCCAGCUGAUCCAGGCGAGGAGACACGGGGGCUUUUCUGGGACCUGAAGUGACUCACCACUUGCUCAAUGACUGUGAUAGUCUAGAAUAUAAGCGUUUUUCAUUCA